AUGCCACCAUUGCCGCCGCCUACAACGCCUUGGACGGGGUACAACAUGCAGAACAUGCCAGGGAUGCAUUUUCCACAGCAGAUGCCCCACAUGCAGCCAGCGACACCUCAAGCAAUGGCAGCGGCUCCACCUGCACAAGGGCCGCAACAGCCAUUGGCGCCCCUUGCCCCAGUGCUACAUCCUUCCAUGCCUCCACAAAUCAGUGUGGAAACAGCUCAGAAGGAGUUCAUCGAGAUGGCAAAGGCGCGACAGAUGGAAUUGCCCCCAGACAUGAGACAACGAGUACAGAGAAUGUCCAAGUCCGAAGGGGCGCAAGCUACAAAGGAACUUCACACGGCAGUGAGGACUUUGGGAUUUGCAAGGAAAGAUGUGGAAGAAGCGCUACAAGCCCGUUGCAAUCUGAUCACGUCAUGGAAACAUUUUCUGGCAGAUGCAGUGCAACAAUGGCAAGGCUACACAACGCUCUUCCAACAACAAGAACAAGAACUUCAGGCACGCAUUCAGCAAGCUCAUGCGGUCUUUGCUACAGCCAAAGAACAAGCAGAACAAUCCCAAGCCGAAGCUGGGAAGAUCAGUACCAUCGAGAUUGUCGACGACGAGGAGGAGUUGAAGGGAGAACAAGCAUCAGUGGAGAAAACGUCAGGACAGAUCCAAGAGGGCCUGACCCAUCUCACAGCUUCACUACAACAACUUCAAGCCAGUGCGGAGGCGAUCGAAACGAUGGAGAAGGCCGCCAAACGACCAAGAACCUCCGAGAAUGCAGCCAACGACGAAGCUAUGGAGGCAAAAGGAGACUUCACCUCGGAUGGAGCCAAGCAUUGGGACAGUUCCACCCCAGCCAUUAUCAUGAAGUGGAACAACCGUGCAGUGUGCAAUGAAGCAUUUGUCUCUGAAUGGCAAGCGAUAGAAAGUGCUCUUCGACUUAGCCGAGAAUUUCUCAUGCCACUGUCGAUCGCCACAACAUGGUCCAACUCUGCUAGUUCCCAGUGCAGAGAUGCGGCCUUUCAUCAACUUGAACAUCCUACGACCAAAACCAGCCGGCGGAGCUCCCUGCGUGUGGGUUUUGCAGAGGACCUGGAGCUGUGGAUUGGCAUAGAGGAUAGCAUGAAGAUGUACAAGUUGAAUGUUCCGAUUGAAGUGGGUGCAACUCGAACCACUCCGUGGAGCUGCCCCAACACACCCUUUUCAGAAGAUGCCCAUCGUGAUCAACGCUUUGUUGCACAUUCUUCCUCUGAUGGGCACAUCAACAUCCAACGUUUGUCCUCAAGACCCACAUGGGCGAGUGGAAUUGAGGCCAUCUUGAAUGAAGAAGGUCAGGUUGAUGAGAGCGAGGAGGACAUGGUUGUCUAUUUGACAUCAUAUUUCAUUAGUCACCGUGACCUUCACCGUCAUGCUGAACCGCGAAUUCUUAGAUUUGAUCGAGAGGUUGAAGAAUGGGAAAGAGAAGUGAGGUUCAUGUGGGAGGAUCUCGUGGAUCAUGAUGCUGCCAUUGACGUAGUGAUCGUGCGGCCAGACCCGCCACGAGAGCAGGCCAAUGUGAUGUCUAAAUUGGACACCAUGUCCAGCCAGAAGCACAAGCGAUUGCGAUCUUCCACGGAGGAUAUUCGACGCACAGUCAUCUUCACGCUGGAUGGCCGAGCAUUUCCUGCAUCUUUGUCCUGGAAUGACCUGGAAGACCAACAUGCAACAGUGGCCAGACUUGGAGGCUUCCAUGAAGGACAUAUAGCUCAACUAUGGCAAGUGACGCAUCGACCUCAUGAUCUGAUUCGUCUCAAUCUUCAAUGCAAGAUUGUACAACUACGAACAGAACCAAGACCAACCAGCUUCAUGAAGAUCAUUCUGAUUGACAUUGACAUCUACUCCACGCAGAGUCUCCAACCAUUUGCCAUGAGACGACAGGCGCGAUGGAUGCCACGAGUCAUCAACAGGAGAUCAGUCUUCAGACUCCUCAGUCUUGAUGAGCAGUUCCAGGAACAAGAAGAACAUUGCUACUUGUGGCACAACCAUGACGCAAUUGCAGCCUCCCAAACCGAACCACUCCGACUUGAAGAUGGUGACUACAUCCAGAUCCACAUUGGCGAGAAGAUCUCCUCCUUGAGCUGCGAUUCUGCGUCCAGAGAAGCCAGUAAUGGUACCGGCAAUGAAAGCUGGAAUCCUCCAGAUGCACAAGAUGAAGAUGAACACAUUGAGCUCUUCCAGCGCAGUAUUGCCCAACUACCUAAAGUAUGGCAAACUCUUCAGCAGCAGCUGCAGCAGACCCAACUCAAGGUGGCGCCUGAACAUGUACGUCGGUUCGGAUUAGAGCUGAUUCCACGUCUUGGCCUGACGAUAUCGUGGAGCCAUGGGAAGAGGAUCUCGACCCUGCGCUGGAUGUGGUCAUACAUUUGGUACAGCCGCAACCCCCUUGUACCAAUAUGGAGUGCGUUUUGGCCCAUCAUUGAACAAUCACAUCGUCGAGAACAUACCAUUGGAUUGAUCUCCAUUGUACGACAAGGCCAUCGACAGAUGAGAAUCAGACACGCGGCCUACUCUCUGCCUGAACUGCUGAGCAGAAACUAUGUCCUGCGUAUCAGUGAGGUGUACCAAGAAUGCCAAAGUCAUCCUCUCCAUUGCAGAGUGCAGCAGGGCAUGAUUCCAUUUGGGCUCUUCGACAUCGAGGAGAUACCCAGAGCAGUUGGAAUUGUUGUUGAAUUGCCCAAUGUUGCAGAGCCACAGCCCAUACCAGAUGAUGGCACUGAGCUUAUGCAGCGCACCACCACCAGAUGGCAGAGACGUGCACAACCACAACAAGAGAGCUCGGACGCAUCCAGCACCGGAGGAAGCUGUGAAGGAUUCAGUUUCAAUCCGAAUGCUCCAAGUUUCGUUCCUCAACCAGAUCUGAACUCAGUCCCAGAAGCAAUUGAAGAGCUUCACCAACAUUGGCAACAAACCGCAUAUGCAUGGGAAGGCGAAUCAGCUUCAACAAUGGUGAUGACAUGGUUCGUGGAUCAAUUCCACCCAGGAUAUCGUGUUUGCCUUCAACCAAGGCCGGUCAGGCUCUUCGAAGAUUUUACCCAAUGGGAAGUUCAACUGAGGAACGUGUGGCGAGACAGAUCACUGCAAGGUGCGCCCAUUAUGAUUCAUGUUGUUGAGCCGCCACCACCACAAGUGCACCCAGAUAUUGCGACUCACGUGCUCUUGGUCCAAAACCCCCAAGACACCAUGUCGACGAUUGUGCUUACUGGGGUGGACAGCACCACUGCACGCAGUCUACUAUUCACGCAAAUGGCAGUGACCAUGCAAGAAAACUUUGUGCUAGAUCAACUACUCAUGCUGAUUGGCCUUGGACAUCAAUGUUUAUCGCCUGGCACGCAGUAUUUCUGCAUGGCCUGGUACGGCAACACAGCCAUCCCGAUCGGAACACCGUUCCCUAUUCGAGAUGGCUAUGGAAUCAUUCUACGAGUGGGAUUCCGACCCGUACAACCUGUACCUGCUGAUGCAAACGCACUUCUUCAAACCGCUCUACGUGGUGAGAAGCGCCAUGAGAAUUCGGCAGAACGUCGAUCUGGCACCUGCGAGCGCCUAACAGCUGCUACGGUGGCUCACGAGCAGCGGCCGCAGGAAGCCACAGAAGGGAUACACAGGAAUGUCCAUGCUCUUCCACCAGUGCAGGAGAACAAGAAAAAAGAACGCACAGACUGGCCCACACAGCAGCAACCUCAACGGAACCACCGACCGAUCUUCGAUGGCAGCCAAGUCGAAGACAGAGUUCCAUCAACCAUGCUGGCAGUGGGGAUCACUAUACCAGAGCUUCAACAAUUUUUCAACCCUGCAAAUCAUCCACUACAUAGAGAUCUGAGUGGCUUUGAAAUACCUGAAAUUUGCCAACAACUCAUUGAAGAUUGCGUGAUGCACCAACGCAUUGACCGUUUGCUCAUCUAUGCGGAUGGAUCAUCACAGAGCAAGUACAAACGUAAGCCUCCGCUUUGGAUCGAAGAACACGACAUCAGCGAUUCCUGGUGCUUUGCAGUCUUCGGCGAGAACUAUGACUCGGACAAGCUCAUGUUCAUUGGCUUCCAAUGCCAACAAGUAUUGUACAAUGAAGCCGCGCCCCAUCAUUUGGGAACGGCCCAUAUUGGCGCAGACGCUGCAGAGUGCGAAGCAAUGUGCUGGGCUGCACUGUGGCGACUAGCACAGAAUCACCGCAUUCCCACUGUCUUCUUGACUGAUUCUCAGCUCACUCGAGGACAGGCCAAUGGAGAUACUGGAGCCAGUACGACCAGCAUUCCCUUUUGCACUCUGCGUGGCCUCUUCCAAGCACUUCAAGCUGUGUUGCCUGGAGAUCAGCUGAAGAUCCAACACGUCAUGGGACAUGCGGGGGAUGCUGGCAACGAGUUUGUCGACUUCUUUGCCAAGAUUGAAGCAAUACACAGUCUGCACCUGCCAAGGCAGACAUUCGAUUCUGGCCGAUGGCUCAAAGUCAUUCCAUAUCUUUGGAUGCUAUUGCACCAAGCAGCUGAUCUACCUCCACUGACGACCCAGGGAUUUGACAUCAGUGCCCCAGAAUUACCUGCACUCGAUGGACAACUUCUACAACCAGCCAAAUCAAAGCAAGCUCCACCUGCCAGACUACAACAAGUUAGCCUCAGUUUGUGCAGCGCCAAUGUUCGAUCUCUCUACACCAAACCGCAUGGUCAUGCCGGCAAAUUAGAUUUUUUGCGCGGCCAAAUGAAGCAACUGAAGCUCAAUGUGGUUGGGAUCCAAGAGGCUCGAUCACACGCUGGCCAAAGUGCAGCUGAACAAGUGCUACGUAUUUCAGGAGGAGAUCAACAAGGACAACUUGGAGUGGAACUAUGGGUCAACCUGACACAACCAUAUGCAUAUCAAGGACGCACCCCAGUUUUCUUCCAGAGAAUGGACUUUGUUGUUGUGGAAGCCACACCAAGAACCCUUCUGGUUCUACAUGACCAUCCGAGCCAUCGCUUCUGGUUUCUCGUUGCGCAUGGGCCACAAAGUGGACGUCCACAAGAAGAACGAGAGGAAUGGUGGAUGCAUCUCACCACACUGCUCUUUCAGCAUGUUCAAUCAGACAAGAUAUUUAUCUUGAUCGAUGCCAACGCUGCGACUGGACCACGAGAUGAUAUCCACAUUUUUCAACAUGAUGAUCGCACCUCAGUCAACACCAAGUACUUCACGGAGUUCUUACGUGAGAUGGACAUGGCUGUACCUUCCACAGGUGCUCGACAUGAAGGCCCUCAUCACACCUGGACUAGCCCGAUUGACGCAGAACAGUACCGGCUAGAUUACGUUCUUCUACGAACAGAUAUGGUGGGUGACUGCGUCCAUUCUCAAACAGUCCCGGAAUUUGACCUUGGUAAUUAUGGAGACCAUAUCGCGGUUGCGAUUCAAGUGCAAUGGAAUGCAGCCUGCUCUCAACUUUCUCGACAUCACUGCCAAAGUGAGCGAGGACCUGGAGUCCAAAGAUCGUCCAUUACAUAUCAGAAGAUGCACGAUGCUCUCACGGACUACCAGCCUUUGCCCUGGGCACAAGAUAUUGAGACGCAGGUCAACCACAUGAACCAAUUUGUGCACAGCAGAUUACGCAAACAUUGCAGCAGACAGGAGGCCGCACCGAAGAAGCAAUGUCUAUCUGGAGAAGUUUGGACGCUUCGAUCCCAACGGAUCCGAACCAAGAAGACUUUGGUGGAAGUACAACAGCGUCUGCGUGCAGAGCUUCUAUUCAAAGCCUUGUCUAGCUGGCGCAAUCAUGCGGAGACCCCUGAUGCCGACAUAGCCAGCUACAUGACCACGUUGCUUUGUGGAAAGCUACGCAUUGUGGCAUGUCUACAUCGACUGGACAGAACAUUGCGUCAUGCACUGCAACAAGCCAAAGGCCGUGCAUUGGACGAACAGCUCAGACAAAUGCCACAUGACGCAGCAGCGUCUACAGUUCUGCAUGAGAUCAAACAGAUCAUCGGCACCACCAACUUCAAGAAAAAGAAGAGUACUCCGCUACCACUGAUCAAUAGAACCGAUGGCACACCAUGCAGAUCGAUUCAAGAAGUUCAAGACAGGUGGAUACAUUUCUUCCAGUUCAUGGAGUGCGGCGAACGUUUGGAUGUUCAUGCACUACGUCAAAAAUGGAUUGCGAACCUCUCCACAUUCAGACGCAGUGAUGUUCAUCUAUGCCUACAAGACCUCCCCAGCCUCACAGACCUGGAGCAAGCUUUCCGGAAUGUGAAAGCAAACAAGGCUACAGGGGAUGAUGGUAUUCCAUCGGAAAUUUGCCACGCAUGCCCAGCUGCGAUGGCAAGGAUCACCUACACCCAACUGAUGAAGCUUUGUGCCCACGGCCAAGAGGCAGAUUACUAUGAAGGAUUCAUGCAACAGCAGCAAGUCGGGGGCCGCCGGAAAGUUCCGGUACAACUGGGCACACACAUGGUGCGAGCGCUGCGUCUACCACCUUCGGCCAUGACCGAGCUUGCAAGACUACUCGACCUUCCUGGUGCUACAGAACAAGCUGGCCUUCCCCAGCAUCUGCGCCUGGCCAUGUGCGCCAUCCACACGGAUACUCACUUCCAUGUGGAGGGCCAGACUGAUCGAGUACGUACACAAGCCGGCUCCAGGCCAGGCGACCCGUUCGCCGACGUGGUCUUUGGAUACUUGUUCUCAAGAAUCCUUGGUGUGGUAGAACAAAGGCUCAUCCAGGAGCAGCUCCUAGACCAGAUCCCAGAGUACAAAUCUGGCAUUAGCCUUGUGAGGGAGCCCGAACAAGCAGCCCCAGAGAGACCGAUGCUCGGUCCCACGUGGAUGGACGACCUGGCGAUCUGUAUCUCAGGCCCCUCGGCCAUUGACCUUGAACGCAAGGCGGCACUCACAGCCGGGAUCCUUCUUGAGACCUGCAUGGAACAUGGUGUUACUCCCAACCUCACGCGAGGUAAGACAGAGCUCCUUUUAGCCCUCAGAGGGAAAGGCUCCAGGAAUAGCCGCAGAGCGCACUUCAGUGAGCGUCAAGGUCGACAGAUGCAAAUCGUCCAUGAGCACGGCACUGAUUCGAUUGCAGUAGUAGGAUCCUAUGUCCAUCUAGGCGGCAAAGCACACCAUUCUGGAGAGAACAAGGUCGAGGCUCGUCGACGAGUGAGUAUAGCCAAUGAGGCGUUCAACCACCACAGGCGACAACUCUUCCAAAACUCCCAGAUCAGUCUGCAGCGUCGCAGAGAGCUCUUUGACACGCUGGUCAUGAGCAAACUUUGUUUUGGCAUGGAGUCCUGGACUUUCAGAGAUCAACAACUGGUUAAUUACAUUCAUGGUGCGAUCAUCCGACUUGACAAGCGGUUGAUCAAGGUCCCGGCCAACCACCACAUGGAUGACUAUGAAGUCCUUGCCACCUGCAGAUUGCCAUCACCCAAGACACUCUUCCGGAGGGCUCGCCUGCGGUACCUGCUCACGCUGUUCAACUGCGAAGAAGCAGUGCCAUGGGGAUUGUUCCAACAAGACCAAACUUGGUGCAACAUGCUGAAGGAUGACUUGCACUGGAUGUGGCAACAGCUGAGCAAUACGUGCACCCUGCGCAACCCGGCUGACCAUCCUGAGGAGUGGUUUUAUAUCACACGAUUUCACAAGAAGUAUUGGAAGACCCUGGUCCACAGAGCCACCACGCUGGAUAUUAUGAAGAACAGCGACAACUGGCAGCUCCGACAGAUCCACUUCCAUGUCUUCGACCAUUUGCAAUCGGUUGGAGAACUCAACAGUCCUCCGCCACGACCGGAAGUCACGCCGGCCAAAGGCAUGUAUGGAUGCAUUGCGUGCGGCAAGAAAUGUCGCACACUGGCGGGAGAAGCAGCACACAUGUUUCGCUGUCAUGGGAAAGUUGCAGAAUUUCGACGAUUCAGUGACACCACAUCGUGUCCAGCAUGCUUGCGGGAGUACCACACUGUCGACCGCCUACAUGCGCAUCUACGACAUGGACGGCGAUGCCAAGCACAAUUGAGGGGCAUGAAGAUGCACAGACCCAUCACUCCAGGCAUUGGUUCGCAACACAACACUGUUUUGAAACAACGACAUGAUGGUCUAUUGCCCUAUCAGCCAGCUGCCGGACCUCCCCCAAGACCUAUGCCGCUGAUCGAUGCACAACAUCAUGACCUUGAAGCGUAUGAGAAGAUUGCUCUGGAAUGUUUCGAGCAGGGCUGCCAUGGUAGAGAUCAUCUCCGCGGACAGUUGUUUGCCAUUGUCCAAGGACUUGAGAUUUCCUGGACGUCACUGACUCGGACAGUGGAGCAGCUCAUCCAUGACUUCACGGAUGAAAACUGUGAGCUCGCACAGCUCCCCAAAUCAGAUAUCCAUCAUCUUCUGGGAAGCCUCCGCGAUCCGACACAUUGGCCAUUUGUGACCAACAAUGCCGGAGAUCCUGAACCUGGACAUCGCGUCGAGCCCCUUGAGACGUAUGAGGUAUGGAGCGAACGCUUAGCACAAGAUUUCUCGCAACAGCCUUGGCGCCCUGAUCAAGAACAACCCCAUCGACCCUUUGCAGAGCGCAUCAUCCUUCAUGCCUAUUCAGGGAGAAGGCGUCAUGGGGAUGUACAAUGGUUUCUCGAAGAGUGCGCUGCGCAACAUCCUGAUGUGAUCAUGCACGUUAUUUCAUUGGACAUUGUCAUCAACUCGCACUAUGGCGACAUUGGACGAGAGGAAGUACGUGCAAGAUGGUACACAGGUAUGCGGCAAGGAUAUGUGGCUGGAUUCUUGAGCGGACCCCCAUGUUGCACAUGGUCCAAGGAGCUGGCAUCGAUUUGGCGCCUUCCACUACUUCAGCUGCUGAGUAGACUGCCCGGCAUGCAGCACCUCAACAUGGCACAAGGCCUGCUAGGACGCAGUAUCGGAACCGACGAGACAGGAGUGUACAGAACUGCUGAGCUCAAGGAAUAUCCGCCAGCAAUGUGUGCAGCGAUGGCACAUGCAUUUACUGAUGCCACACUGACAGCAAUCCAUGCGGUGCCGGAACAGCAUGUAGAGCACGUACCGCAGGACUUUUUGGAUCUCUGCCAAACCAUGGUUAGUCAUGACUUUGGUGUUGAGUACGGCCCGGAUUGCGUGCAGUGA